AUGACAGAAGGGCAUGCACUGCAAGCAGCAGCAGUUGGAAAUAGGAAGGUGGGAGGUAAUGGUCCCCAUCAUGAUCGAAGUUGUGUUUACAACCAGAGUAACAUAGUAGAUGGAGUUUACUGCCUCCCAAUAGCACACUGGAUUGAAGUAUCUGGACAUACUGAUGAGAUGAAACAUACAACUGACUUCUAUUUUAAUAUUGCAGGACAUCAAGCUAUGCAUUACUCCAGAAUACUGACAAACAUCUGGCUGGGAAGUUGCCCUCGGCAGCUGGAGCAUGUGACUGUCAAGCUGAAGCACGAGCUGGGUGUUACGGCUGUGAUGAACUUCCAGACUGAAUCAGACAUUGUUCAAAAUUCCUGGGGUUGCAACCGCUACCCGGAACCCAUGAGUCCCGAGAUCCUCAUGAAACUGUAUAAAGAGGAAGGUCUUGCUUAUGUCUGGAUGCCAACCCCAGACAUGAGCACUGAAGGAAGAAUACAGAUGUUGCCACAAGCUGUCUGCCUCUUGCACGGGCUACUGGAGAAUGGACACACUGUCUAUGUUCAUUGCAACGCUGGUGUUGGCAGGUCUACAGCUGCUGUCAGUGGCUGGCUGAAGUACGUGAUGGGAUGGAGCCUGCGCAAAGUGCAGUACUUUUUGGUUUCCCGGAGACCAGCCGUCUACAUUGACGAGGAAGCUUUGAACCGUGCUGAAGAUGAUUUCUACCAGAAAUUUGGCCAUCUUCGUUCCUCAUUCAAAGUGCAGGAGUAG